CAAGGCUGAAACUGAUCUAUAGUAUAAUUUAUAGAUCAACUCAACUGAUAAUUCACAACUGAUAAUCAAGCUGAUCGAUCAACUUCACCAGCACAGCAGGACUACAGUACAUAACAGAUUGCGCAGAGAGAAUGAGCCAAUGGUGAGGCAGCUUUCUCUUGCAUUCCUGCAGUCCCUCCCAGCAGUCUUCUCUUCCCAGAGUGCCGUGCGGUGCGUCAGCCUGAGCCUCAGCGCUCUAUAUAAAGCGGUGGUGGGCAGAGGAGGGCAGCCGUGCAGCGGGUCACGCAGACUGAGAGGAGCCGGACACACUUCAGCGGACACACACACCCACACUGACAGAGAGAGAGAGAGAGAGAGACAGGAUAAUCUCUCAUAACACAGACAGCCAUGGCAGAUAAAAUCAAAAAUGCUAAGAUCGUCUUUGUUGUGGGUGGUCCCGGCUCUGGAAAGGGCACUCAGUGUGAGAAGAUCGUGGCCAAGUACGGCUACACUCACCUGUCCUCAGGUGACCUGCUGCGCGCGGAGGUGGCGUCCGGUUCAGAAAGAGGCAAGCAGCUGCAGGCCAUCAUGCAGAAGGGAGAGCUCGUGCCUCUGGACACCGUUCUGGACAUGAUCAAAGACGCCAUGAUCGCCAAGGCUGACGUCUCUAAAGGUUACCUGAUCGACGGAUACCCUCGAGAGGUCAAGCAGGGGGAGGAGUUUGAGAAGAAGAUCGGCGCUCCGGCUCUGCUGCUGUAUAUCGAUGCUAAAGGCGAGACGAUGGUGAAGAGACUGAUGAAGCGCGGAGAAACUAGCGGCCGCGCAGACGACAACGAGGAGACCAUCAAGAAGCGUCUGGAUCUGUAUUAUAAAGCCACAGAGCCCGUCAUCGCCUUCUACGAGCAGCGCGGCAUCGUCAGGAAGAUAAACUCGGAGCUGCCCGUGGACGAGGUGUUCGCUAUUGUAGAGAAAGCUAUCGAUGAGCUGAAGUAAACAACACUUGACCACCAGA